UGAAAGGGACUGCCAGUUUCAUGCUUCCUCCGUCGUAUUCAAUUCCUGGGGAUUCAUUUUAUCAUUAUAGUCACCCACCCCCCUCCCCAAAGUCAAUAGCUUUUUUUUUUUUUUUUUUUUCUUCUCUGUCGACACUUUAAAUUGUGUCCAUUAAAAGUCAGGACUACUGCUGUUUCAACUUCCACUUUUCCAGACCCGCCAGUAUCAAGCCAUGUUACUACCAUCAUCACUCCUGGUCCUCCUUGGCCUCCUCACCUGGAGUUCCAGAGCAACAUGGGCCUCUAAAGUGAUUGUGGUCCCGCCUAUCAUGUUUGAAUCACACCUCUACAUCUUCAAGACUCUGGCAACGGCUUUAAGCCAAGAGGGCCACGAGACCCAUUUUCUAAUUUCAGAGGGUCGCGAGGUCUCGCCCUCUCCUCACUUCCAGUUGCAGCGCUAUCCAGGAAUCUUCAACAGCAGCACGGCUGACAGCUUUCUCCAAUCCAAAGUCAGCAACAUCUUCUCAGGCCGCCUGACAUUUCUUGAACUGUUUGACAUUCUUGACCACUACUCUCAGAACUGUGAUGCUGUCGUUGGCAAUGUUGAAGUAAUGAACCGUCUGAAAGAAGCCAAGUUUGAUCUGCUGCUAGUGGACCCCAAUGAAAUGUGUGGUUUUGUAAUCGCUCACAUCCUUGGCGUGAAAUAUGCUGUGUUCAGCACAGGCCUGUGGUACCCGGCAGAAGUGGGAGCCCCAGCGCCAUUAUCAUACGUACCCGAGUUCAACUCAUUGCUGACGGACCGCAUGUCCUUAAUGCAGAGGAUCGCAAACACAGCUGUUUACCUGGCACAACGCUUUGGAGUCCAUUACAUUGCAUUACCCAAAUACGACCGGAUUAUGAAGAAACAUGGAGUAACGCCUCACGCUGCAAUGGCUGACUUGGUGCAGGGGAGCCGGUUGUGGAUGCUGUGCACUGACAUGGCUCUGGAGUUCCCCAGGCCCACCCUCCCACAUGUGGUCUACAUAGGAGGCAUCCUCACGAAGCCCCCCAGCCCACUACCACAGGACUUCGAGGCAUGGGUGAAUGACUCGGCUGAGCAUGGCUUUGUUGUUGUGUCAUUCGGAGCUGGAGUCAAGUACCUUUCCCAUGACAUUGCUCACAAGCUGGCAGGAGCCCUCGCCAGGCUACCCCAGCGCAUUAUCUGGAGAUUUUCUGGUGUGCCACCCAGUAACCUCGGCAACAACACCAAGCUUGUUGAUUGGAUGCCUCAGAAUGACUUAUUGGGCCACGCUAACACGAGGGCGUUCCUGAGCCACGGGGGGCUGAACAGCAUCUAUGAAGCCAUGUACCACGGCGUGCCGGUGGUGGGCGUGCCUCUUUUUGGAGACCACUAUGACACUAUGACUCGUGUGGCAGCCAAAGGCAUGGGUGUCAUGCUACACUGGAAAUACAUGUCAGAGGAAGAUCUCUAUGUCGCCCUGACGAGCGUCAUCAAAGACAGCAGGUACCGCCAGCAAGCACGUCUCCUGUCCAGCAUUCACAAGGACCAGCCGGGCCACCCGGUGACCCGAGCCGUAUACUGGAUCAGCUACAUCCUCCGCCACAACGGCGCCAGCCACCUGCGCUCAGCUGUAUACAACGUGUCUCCUUUCCAGUACUUCCUGGUGGAUGUGAUCCUCAGCAUAGUGGCCGCCGUGGCUCUCACGGGCUUUGCGUUCCGUAGACUAGCGCGACUCCUGAGGGGGAAAGUCGGGGACCAAAGCCGAAGAGGCGUCACCAGGGACGACGGGAGCAUGACCAACGGACACUGCCAUAGCGAGACCAUAGCCAACGGGAAACACAAUCGCAACGGCUCCUUGAAAAUUGAAAAGAAGAUGAAUUAACGCUUUGAACGGCACGGAAGGGAAGAGGGAGAAGUUGCCCCUGAGGACACAGCUCUAGGUGUGGUUUUGUAGUUUAAUGAGAGCUUGGAGGGGAAAAAAAAAAAAUGUUCUUAGAUCUGCUUCAAGAGGCAACUGCUACUCAGAGCGAGCGUGAGGCUGUGGGAGGAUACAGAGCAAAGGCAUCGGGUGCUCCAAAUCUGUGUGUAUGUGUGGGUGAAUGUUUAUGUGUGCAACGAGGCAAAUUUAACAAAAAAGAAAACUAUAACAACUGCAGCUAAAGCAAAUACAGCACGACAGUGGGAAGCCUUCGAGGAUGAAACACAGGAAAGGCCCAUCGGAGGACGCUGUUUCUACGGGAACGCCACCUCUCCGGCGUGUUGUCCGUUGUCUUCCUGCCGUCUUCAACCAACGGAGGUGACGAUGAAGAGGGGGAAUGCUGAUCGCCAACCCCUCAUCCUCAGAGCAAAACCAGAAAACAAACAGCUUUAGAAAUAUUUAGAUUUUAAUGUUUUUAACUGCAAACUUCCAAGUGUCUGGUAAACUGUAAAUACAAGAUAGGUCUAUUUAUUGCUGUACAAAUGCAUUUUAAUGACAGAUCUUUUUAAGCUUAUCUUAAUUUAAACUUAUGUCAUCCAUGGGUCGAAUGACAGCAUGUUGGUAGAUGCGCUCUUCCUUUUCUUCCAAGUCCGUAUCCUGCAGGUCAAACAAACCAAACAUGUACUGUUAGUUAGGAGCAUUGAUUCAACAUGUGAUUGCAUUGGGCAGUGAGGCUCUCCCACUGUCUCCCGUCUCUCAUGGAAAGUGAGCUCUUUUUGGCAUAUCUGUGCGAAAAGGUGCUUAUAUCAAUAAUAUACGUUACAGUAAAGAUAACCAGUGAGGAUACUGUGGAUAGGCGGAGCCCUGUAGGGGUACGGGCUUUGGCUCGUCUCAGCGAUCAGGGACGAGCCGGAAGAUUAUAUAUUCAUGACUGUUACUUUUUUUAGUCCAAUUCUGCAUCCAUCAUCUAUUUAUUACAACUGUAAAGAUUCCUGCCGUUGCCAUUUCCAGUGCUAGACUUGACUUUCAUUCAUCUGUGAUUGAUUUGAUUAAUUAUUUGAUAAUGUAUGUAAUAAUUCUAACGUAUGUCGGCAAAAGUUUCAGGAAGCAACUCCCACAUAAUGUCUCACUCCUUUUCAUGUCUGUUUUUUUUUCAAUUUUUGCUGUUUAAGUCCGCGUCCAAACUGACGGACCUGAUGUAAUUUAUAUUAAUUUUGAGCAUGAAUGAUUCACAACCUCACAGGUGGCUUUUUAUAAUGCAAAUACACACGUGUGCAGUAUGCUUGAAUUCAAGAGUGCAUGUGUGCUUGUUACCGUUACAGCGCCUGAGUGUUUUAGAUCAUUAUACUGCUUUAGACUGAGUGUAUGGGAAAGCAGUUGAGAUAUGUUUUAGCCCAUCAAAAUAAAUGUACAGAAAUUUGAAUUGUUCCCUGAUAUCUACUCAUAACAAGUAAAGAGUUACCUUUUCUUUUCCUUGAACGAGGCAGUCAUUUUUUUUAACGUCAUUAUUUUAACCUUACUUUCCUUUCCUUAUCUGCCAUGUCUGUUAAUUUUCAAUAGAAAAAAAAAGAAGAAGGGUGUAAGCAGAAAGAAGGAAUGCCAUAGUUCAGAAAUAAAGGCGAACCCCACUACUUCUGCAGUUAAUUGUUUUGUGACAAAGUGACACUGAUCCCUGCAGUGGAAUUUUCUUUUCUCUCAGUUCUGCAGGCUCAAAGUACAGAGCUGCGAGGUCUGAACACUAGGCGGGGAUUAAGUAUCUUGCUCAUGGAUAUUUCAGAAAGCCAGGUGCUUGUGGACAUAAAAAUGUCAUGAACAUGUGUUUUGCAGGCCGCACACACAGAACAUCUGCUUUUUUAAACUCACCAACUGUUUUUUUUUUUUUUUACAUCCUUUACAAAGGAAUUGUUUACCGACUAAAUAAUUGCUUCCCAGGCAAAAAAAAAACAAAAGAGGAGGAAUAAUUGCAAAGAAAACAGAGCAAAUGUUCACUUACCUACUGAGACGUUUAAAACUUAACAUCGACAUGUUCUCAGUGUUCACAAAUCAUUUUUUUAAAGUGAAAAAAAAAAACCCCAAUCUCAUUACCUUUCUUUCUCUGUGAGCUGCGAUUACACUUGCACAGCACAACCCAGUGCUGCUGAAAAUGGAAACCAACAAAAGAUAAAAAUGAGAUGAUCUUACUCACAUCUGGAUCAUUAAAAUCAUCAAUAACAUCAGCCGGCGGCUAUAGCUGCUGUUUAGUUCGGCCUGCAGGUGCUACACAAGCUAUGAACAGGGUCUGAAGUGUAAAAAUGUUUAUGAAGAUUCAUCUACUUUUUGAUAUUUUUCAGUAUUAAUGUUUUUGGCCCGGUCUUUAAUGUCUCUAGCAUUUCUGCACGUGAUUUUACAGUCUGACCUGUCUUCAGUCUCGUGGUGUUUGUACGUCGUCAGCUUGAAUGUCGUCCUCAUCGGUGCGCUUGCUUCUUCCUGUUGUCCAGCUCAUGGAUUUAGUUUUUAUUUUGGUCUUUUUAUUCCUCCCUCCUCAAAUGUAUUAGCUCUCUGUAGUAACUCCAUUUGUUUAGAUUUUAUUUCACCUUAAUUGCGAAAUGAUACAAAGCCCUUGCUUUUUCUGUUAUGUGUCUAUGUUGUAAAUAGAUUGUAAACAAAAUACUAAUGC